AUGUACCACCUCCUCAAAGGGCUUCAUGCCCACUUGACGCGGAAAGACGAGUACUCGGUGGUCAUCAUCGGUCUGGACAAUGCUGGCAAGACAACUAUGCUGGAGAAGAUCAAGACCCUGUAUAAUCCGACGCCAGGGAUGCCUCCAGAGAAGAUAGGCCCUACUGUCGGUCAGAACAUCGGGAAGAUCUCGCUUCCCUCGACAACACUCCGUUUUUUUGAUCUUGGCGGGCAACGAGAUAUCCGGUCUAUAUGGCCCAAAUACUACGAUGAGUGCCAUGCGGUGGUAUUCGUCCUGGAUGCGGUGGACCAAGUGCGACUAGGAGAGACAUGGGAGGUCUUUGACGAAGUCCUCAACUCCCCUCGACUCCUGAACCUCCCCCUCCUCCUUCUCGCCAACAAGCAAGACAAUCCCACUUCUCUCUCAGUCGCAGAAAUCCGCGAGUCCUUUGACGCAUGGCAGCGGGCUCGGCAGUCCCGAGAAGCAGACGCCAGGGAGGCGGCGAGGGAGAAGGCAAAAGGGAAGGGGAAGGGGCGGGCGAUGGACGCUGAAGAUGAGGCAGAAGAAGAUGGUGGGGAACGAGAAAGAAGGGGGAGCGCGGGCGUGAGGGAUGAGAGACUGGCUAGUCUGGAUGUGAUGGGCGCUUCGGCCCUUGAGGGGACGGGCGUCAAGGAGGCCGUGAAUUGGUUGUAUGUCCGCGUGCAGAAUGCGAGAAGAAUUGACGACGGAAGGUUCUGA